CGUGAAUAUUCAAGUGGCCGGUGAACACAAGGGUGGUGCUUGAUAUACCAAGUCAAUAUAUGCACUAUUGUCUCGUUCCAUUGUGUGAAGUUUAUUGUGUUAUUGUGUAAUGGCUAGAGAUCAUUGUUGUGUUCUUUGUGACGUAACUGGAGACUUGUUAUUCACUUGGUAUAUCGUGCACCAGCCGAACACAGUCCGAAGAGUCUGAACAACAUGCUUUACGAUGGAGUUUUAACCGGUAACGCAACAAGCAACAGAGAUUAUAAUCGCAGCCCGCUAAAUAACUUUGAAUACACUCGAGAGAAGGUCUCUAUUUCAUGGGAAAACCUCGACGUAUUUGUCAAAGUUCCCCAGCCUUCGCUACGGAAACGUUUGCAUUUAAUAACUGAAGAACAAGAAAAACCGACAAGGAAGCAAGUCUUGUACAACCGUAAGUACCUCUUUUAUCUUUCUAUUUAAGCUUGUCUUUGCAAAGAACGAAUAGGCUCAUUUCAAUGUUCAAAUUAAUUCAAAAUUCUCCUUUUACGAAACUUAUCGCCAUGCUUAAAGGACACAAACAAACGUCAUGAAUAUGCAUAUUUGUUCGCAUCCUUUGUUUGUGUUCUCUAGACCUCGAUAAGAAUGAACGAAGUCUUCAUGGUAAAAUUGUAAAAAUAUAUAUUCUUCUUUAAACUUCGUCUCGACACGGCCCAGUUAUGCUUUGGUUGAAAAAAAAAAGUUCGUAUCCGAAGCAAUAUUCGAUCGACUAGAAAGCGAAAGUUUGCAAUGCAGACAAAAAGGAAGUUUAUCUAAGAGGGUUCAGGUCUGCUCUUAGAGAUACUUAGAGGGUAUAUUAAAUUUCUACUUCCGACAAACGAAAUCUUAAUUUCGUUACACACUUAACGAAAAAAGAUUUAAACAACGUUUCGAUGUGGCAAUGACAACAUUAUCAAAUAAAAGACAAAACUACAACAGUCUGAGGUGACAAAAUAAAACAUUAACGUAACAAAGAAACGUGGUAAACGUAAAACGUAGUGGGUAAAAAUUAAUGAUUUAUUACAAAAUGACAGUGAGCCGGAAAUUUGGUAACACCUUAUUUACUCCAAAAAGAGCCCGGGCGCUUGGUAAAUUCUUCGUUAAUACCGUAAACUGCCGCUUAUAAGCCCAUCCGCUUACAAGCCCCCCGGUUAUAGGCCCACCUACAUGCAAACAAAAUAAUACAUCCGAUUAUAAGCCCAUCCGGAUAUAAGCCCCAGUUACAGUUUUGAUUUUGUUUUGAAAUUUAACUGAAUUCGAUUUAUUGCUGCCUUUGUAAGAGUGAUAAAUUUAAAUCAUGCGUCGAUCAACAGUGCUGUUGCUCAUUUCGAAACGUUUUUUUUUUCGUCCGCUUAUAAGCCCAUCCGGAUAUGAGCCCCCCCCCCAUUUAUAAGCCCACCCAAAACCCCUUACGAACUUGUAUAAGCCCAGCGCUUACAAGCGGCAGUUUACGGUAUCUUGAUGAGGCAACUUUAUCGACGAAAUGCUUCCUUAUGUGUAAUCCAUAGUAACACAAAAAGUAGGUUCAACUAGAGUUUCACUUUUAAAUGGUAAAGUAUCGUCUGACGUCUGCACCCAACAUGUUUACCCCAUAACUACACCGUGUCAUGACUCCAGUCAGUGAUUUAGUAAUGCUCUUCUUUUUUUGAGGGGGAAGGGAGGAGAGAUGUAUGACUGGUGAAGGAGAAAAUAUCAUCUUUUUUUAAUUACAGUGAGUGGAAGGAUUGACGCUGGCAGUUUACUAGCAGUCAUGGGGGCGAGGUGAGUAUUUUAAGUAACAACUGAACAUUAACUGCAAAGGAUCGCAAACAAAAAGGAUACGAUCUACAGCAGAUCUGGUCAGCAAAAAAUAUACCUAAUGAACACAUUUCAAAGUUUUCAAAGCUGAUUGCAAAUGAUGUUUUUAAGUAAUUUAGCGCUUUUUCAACUGUUUUCUUACGCGCUUUUUCAACGAUGAACGCUUAAAAGUAGGUCAUCUUGUAUUUCAGUCACCUGCUUCAGUGAUUCGAGUUGUAAGCAAGAUGUAACUGCUAUGUUUUUCCCUCUUUUUCUUCUUCUUCUUCUUCUUCUUCUUCUUCUUCUUCUUCCAGUGGUGCCGGGAAGUCGACCUUAAUGAACGUGUUGGCGCAACGAAAUAUCGGCCAAAUGGAUGUCACGGGAACCGUGUUGUUGAAUGAUUGUCCUAUUACAUCGGAGAUGACUUCGAUGUCUGCAUAUAUUCAACAAGAAGACCUUUUUGUGGGAACUUUAACUGUAAGGGAACAUCUUACUUUUCAGGUGAGUGAUUUAAAGUGCUAUACGAUUUCUUUUGAAAACCAAAGAUGGCAUCUUCCAACUGUUUGAAUUAUAGUUCUCUUAAUAAUAGAAGGAAUUAGGAACAACUUGUAAACAACUAGUAAACAAUUAUUGGAUUAUUGAGCAUGAUGUCAUGAAUUAUCAAAACCGAGGUCUGUGUUAUCUGCCGAAGCCGAAGGCGGAGGCAGAUAAUACAGACACGAGGUUUUGAUAAUUCAUGAUAUCAUGCGAAAACCGAAUUCAAUAAUUGUUUUAUUAUACAUUUUUUAAACAAUAGGCAAAAGAAGACAUUCAGCCAUUCUGUUUCUGAGAACACUCCAACGGGCUUGGUAACCAGGCAGACGUUGAACUUGACAUGAUAAAUGCAAUAUCUGCAGCAGAUAUUGCAUUUAUCAUGUCAAGUUCACAAGCUAUUGUGAAUUGAUUGAAUGCUCUCGACCAAUCAGAUGAUUCAUAGUGAGUCGCCUGAUGUAUAAUAAUAUAAGAUAUCAACAGAACACUUCCGUCUUAUUCAGUGCCAAGAACCACUUGACGCUUCCGAGUGGGAAUGGAGAUCCCUGAUGAUGGUGUCAGUGAUAAAGAUAGUAAACGUAUGUAACAGGACGGGGUAAAAAAGAGGAAGGCAAAAUUGUGUGAUAUGCCGCGUGACAAUAUUUUGUUUGAAAAACAUUUCCUCCAAGUUUCACUUUCCUUUAAACAGAUCUUUUCGUAAAAGACCAUUGUAGUACUGCGUAAAUGCUGUAUACUUCUGUAAUUUCGUAAUCUUCCUAAUAAACCUGAAGAAGACUGGUAUUGGCCAGUCGAAAUACUUAUCGUAACUGCAGUCUUUUCACGUUGUUUCAUCAGUCCUUGCGGUUUUCUUUUUGACCGUUUAAACGAGGAAAAAUAGACGCGUCUUACAUAGGACGCGUCCUAAAUAAGACUCAAACUAUCCCGUAUAAACGGCACAUUUCGUUUGAAAUUUAUCUAAGACGCGUCUUAUUUAAGAACAGCCCCUCACACCUGUUCUUCGACAAGACGCGUCUUUUGUAAGUCGCGUCUUAAUGUGCCGUUUAUACGGGAUGGUUUGCGUCUUAUUUAGGACGCGUCUAACGAAAGACGCGUCUUAUUUUUCCUCGUAUAUUUGAUUUAUACUUUUUAUUAAUUUCAGGACUGAUCGUGAUCGUUUUGAUCCAACGUUGAGCAAGUUUGAUCGUACAAGGUUUUUUGCAGUGGUCUUGCACCUUAACGUUUCAUCUGGGGAAAUUAAAGUACGACAAAACACGCAUGUAAUAGCCCUUUCAGGCUUUUCACACGUAAACUUUUUGCCGUCCUGUUGCGUAAGCUCACUAAUUUUGUCAUGAUAAAAACAGUGAUGAUGAUGAUGAUUAUGAUCCUGAUGAUAAAAACGAUGAUGGUGGUUACGAUGAGGACGGUACUAAUUAUAAUGAUGACACCUUACUCAUGUUCUGAUUCAUUCUGUUUCUGAAGGCUUCCCUGCGUAUGGACGGACAUGUUUCCCGUGAACAACGGAUUGCACGAGUCCAGGAAGUGAUGCUUCAGGUAACAAAACACCAAAAGUAUCGUUUGUUGUGGAGGAUACUCAAGAAUAGUAAUGACGACAAUGGGGUGCGAAUAGGGCCAAUAGGCCAUUUCCGAGUUCCCCUGGGCCUCGGUUUCAAAACGAGGGUAGGUGCUCAGCCUUUGAUAGGGAAAUAAUUUUUCAUUCUCAUGCAAAUAAAACUCAUUUUCUCAAGAAAAGUUGUGUACCUAGCCUCAUUUUGAAAGUGAGGGUUUUUAGAACUCGGAAGUGGCCUAUUUGUUAGUUUCCAUCAGCCAAGGAACGUAAUCCAAAAGUGUCAUUUCGUCCAAGCAUAAAAAUCAGUCAAAAAGUAUCUACCAAGAAUACAACCUAAGAAGACGUAAGAGCCUCACUCCUACCUACCUGCCUUAUGAUAAUAUUUUGUUCUAAUUAUCUAACUGAGGGAGCCCAUUCCUUAUAAGCCCGGUGGCUUCUCUUGGGAUUCCUCGCCAUGAGAGUUAAGGUAAUUAGAUUUUAUUUGAUUUGUAUAAUUUUUGGCAAACAAAACAAUAAACAAUACCCUUUCACACUCAUGGGAUGCCUUCUUUCAAUCUACUUCGCAUCCAUUCCACCGUUUGGAGUGCCAACGACAAUCGAUGGAGCAGGGUCGUUGUUUCAUGCAAAGCUCUAAUUUGUUUCACUUGUGCUUCUUUCAAAGUUUGGUCUGACUAAAUGCGCUGAUACUUUCAUUGGAAUACCAGGACGGCUGCAAGGAAUUUCGGGCGGAGAAAAGAGAAGGCUCUCGUUUGCUUCAGAGGUAUCAGUUUGUUUACCAAGUAUAGUUUCAAUUCAAGAGUAGACUAUUUAACUUUCGAGAGAUGGGUUUGGGGGAGGUGUUGGGGGCGGUUUGGCUGAUUUAGCUCGGACAAGACAACUAAGAGUCCUGUAAGACUGUGCCAGCACUUCUUCCUCUUAGAGUCCCUGAGUGCCUUUAAAUUUCAGCAGUAGCAAAUCUAGCGGAGGGGCCCAGGGACUGGUAGGCGCUGGGGCGACUGGGUAUCGGCACUCAGGCAAUGUGCCGAGCACUAAAUGUGAACGGUUUUUGGAACUUCAUCUUUAAUUUUGUACAUCAGAUCAUUACAGACCCGCCCUUGCUGUUCGCCGAUGAACCAACUUCCGGUCUUGAUUCGUUCAUGGCGCAGAAUUUGGUUGCAACAAUGCAGCAGCUUGCUGAUCAAGGAAGGACAAUCAUUUGCACCAUUCAUCAGCCUUCCUCUGAAGUGUACGCCAUGUUUCACAGGUACAAUACGUCGAGAUGUGAAAAGAGGACAAGAUGCAAUAACUUAUAUCAAGUUAUCAUAACUAAUUAAGUCAACGAAUUUUCUUUAAGAGAGGCUCCGCCCCAAGUUCCAGACUUUUGCUAUUUUUAAUACCAUUUUUGACCGAAAGGGUAUCCCCUUCGUUUACCUUCUAUUAAUAAAAAGGAACAUGGUACCGAAUAAUGUAGACUAAAUCGCUAAAACCGAAAGUCUUCAUGUUAAUUAGUUUAACGGUUAAUAAAUUGAAAUUAUAUAACAAGAAGGAGCGUCGUUUGGAAGCAUUUAAAGUAAAGGACCUUUAAAGUACUUUCUACCCUUUCAUAUACGUGAACUUGCGAAUCCCUACCGUUUGGUAGAACUCGAAAAUGAUGCACCCCUUUCGGGAGGAUACUCCCCUUAUAUCCCCGCCAUUAUAAGGAGUGUCCCCUCUCUACCCUGGAAAUCAAGUAUGCUUACACAGGAGUGUGUGUCUUACAUAAGUAAGUAGAAGAUAUUCUGACUGUCUGUAUUCCACUUAAGUUUAUUGACUUGAUCUUAAUUGUCCCACUUUCACACUUCCUAAUGUUUUACUAUUUUUUUUCCUUUUUUUUUAAUUUUAGUAUUUUGAUGCUGGCUGAAGGUAGAAUUGCCUUCAUGGGAUCCACGGAAAAUGCCAUCGACUAUUUUAAAUGGUACUCAACAAACAGAGUUCUUAUAUGUUGAACGUUAUCCCCUUAAAAGUUUUACUCGUGGGUUUUGCCAUGUUUAAGUUUCGUACUGUUCUCAUUGAAUAUCGACAACGUAUAGUCACUUUUAAAUGUAAAUUGAAUACAGGUUAAAUAUGUCACAUUGACAGAGAACUUAUAUUCUCGUGAUAAUUUAGUAAAAUAAUUUAUUCAAUGUAGCUAAGUAUAUUCAUGUAAGUAUGUUUUAGUAAGCGAGUAAGAUGCCUAUUUUUGCUAUUUUAGUAGCAUUCUUUUGGAAGAAAAGGAAUAUAAACAAAGUGAAUUUUUUCUUGAUUGUUCGUAAUUAGACUUCAUUACGAACUUUUUGUUUAAAUCAACUGGCAACUUUGUUAACAGUCAAAUAUUGCAAACUUUAAUCUUGUUUUUUCCUUUAUACGUCUAUAGUGUUUGUAGUACUAAAGUUACUUUAUACAAUAUAUGCUAUGAGUACUAUAGAAAAAGAACUGGCCUAUCCAUCGUCUGCUGAUAGGUUGGCCAGUGUAAACACACAACCCAAAAAAAAAAAGACAAAAAGAGGAACUUUGUAUUCUUGAAAACCCAGUUUUCCUUUCAUUUUGCGUUAGACUUCACAUUCUAAUUUCUAGGCACCAGCAUUACAAUGCCAAAAUGUCCUGGCAUUGCUCUUUUAACUCUUACAUUGCUUUCACUCACAGCUUAGGUUAUCCUUGUCCUGACAAUUUUAACCCAGCUGACUUCUUUGUCCGUACCCUGGCCAUCAAGCCUGGCAAUGAAGAAAACUGCCGCAAGAGAGUUAAGGUUGGAACAGCACUGAUUUUUUACACAUUGUAUAGUCAUUUUAAGAGUCUGUGUCAUGGCUGGCGACUUCAUUUUGUGCAUAGCGCCAGUUACAGGUCCGUACUUCCUUUAAAACUUUGGUGAAUGACAAUGAAUUUUUGUUGAAAGACAAAAUCACGCUUUAUGUCUAACAAAUUUGUCUCCCUAGCAUUGUAACAAACGUUACACAUGACAAAAAUGAACUUUGAAAAACUGUUAGGCUAACAAGGUCUCAAAACCCACAACUGCAAUCCGUUUCAAUCUUCUUCAAAAGUUUGUCCAUCCAUGCCUUCUUUUGUAUCUGCGGUGUUAUUUAUACCUUCCUUUAAUGUUUUGAGCGGUUUUUUUUUUUAUGUUUCACUCAAUUUGGUGGCAGUUCCCAUUGUCUGAGUUUUGACAAAUUCCGUGGCUCAGAUCCUUUAAUUAUUUGAGAAGACACACGUCGCACUUAAAGUGGCAACGUUUCCUUGAAAAAUCCACCCUGACAAGGAAAACUUGUCGAGGAAAAUAAAUUUUAUCACUGAAAGUGAAUCUUUACAAAUUCAGCCUCUCUGAUACGAAUCUUUCCGAUCCUUAGCUUAUCGAACAAGCAGUGGAUGGAGCUCCCGCCUAGUGUUUGGGAGGUCAUAGGUUCGAAUCCAGUCGGGGACUCACAUUUCUUCUUUGUCCCACGAUCGUGACAUGGUGAUUAUUUCAUCUUCACAUUUGUUUCACCGAGCUUAAAAUGAUACCAUCUUUCAUUCUUUGACCAAUAAGAUUCAUCUUUGACAAAACCGAGGCAUAGUCACUUUAGGGGGCGGACUCCAAGGUAUCUAGGAUUUACACAGUACCUGGGCCAUGUUCUCGAGCUCUUUUAAGUCUUUAAUGCUAAUAGUCAAUCCAUCGAUAAUGCUUAAAGAAAUUCAAAGUAAAAUUCAGUCAAACUUCUGCUUAGAGAGAUUUAAAAUACAACGAACACAAUCAUCUGUAAAUACUAAACUGUAAGGCCGGAAGCUCUGUCAAUUGCAAACUUUCAAGCUCUCUCAACUGCACAGAAAUUAAGGUCAUAAGUUGUAUCUGUGGCCUCUAUUUUCUACGUACUCUAGCACUUCUUGCAACCUUUCUUUCUAUUUUUUUGUUUUAAGCAAAAUAACCGAACCGUCAAGAUGAAGAACAUUAACUGUAGGAGCUCAUGUUGUUCAUAUAUUAAGUUACUUGCUCACUCCAGCUUUUUUUGUUUUGUUUGUUUGUUUUUUGUUUGUUUUUUUGGUUUUGGUUAAAUUCCAGACAAUUUGUGAUGCGUACACUCAAGAAAGUGCCGCAAACGAAACAAAACGUGCUAAAAAAGUUUUACAGGUGAGUAAGACAUAAAUCCGACCAAACUGGUUUUGCAGCACCGAAACUAAAAUGUUGCUUUCUCAAAGAGAGAUAUGGAAUUGUUAUGUGGACGGUAAAAAGCCAACGUGGAAAAGACUGAAAUAGGUAUGCAGACUAGGUUUGAGGUAUAUCGAGAAAGAAUAAAAUGUUUGACACUUUGAGAUAAUACAAAACGUAAUCCAGUGACAUCUAGCCACAUACAUGUAUGCACGACAAAGGGAGAAGCCGAGAUAUUUAGGACUAAGGUCAUGGGGGUUUUUUGCUACAUGUCUUCUCUCACAAAGCCUGACUCUAACAAAAAUUGCCUGCACCCCCCCCUCUUCAGUGAUAGGAGAAGUAUAUUAAUAAACUCUGUGGUAAAAAAAAAAAAAAAAACAAUGGCAGUGACAAUAGUGAACAGUAUCUAAACAUUUUAUUCCGUAAUGGAGAGAUUUAGAGUUACGUUAAUUCACGGCAAACAAGAAACAUGAAUUUGUACCACGUGACCAAGUUCUCCCUUUACUUGCCGUAAUACGGUAACUACUGCAUUAUAAGUACAAGGAAAUCAGUAUCUUUACGCCAGUUUUAUCCAUAAGAAUUGUUUUGAGCCGUUUUUAUCGAUCAUUUGCUAUUUUGAGAAUUUCUCAACUUGAAUCUGACGUUUGACCGUACGCGUGACUCUGGCUACCACUUUUUCGUUGCUAAAAAGGAGAAAAAUUGAAUCAUUGUACAUCACUCUUUAAAACUGAAGAGGACCUAAUAAAAAAAAGGCCAAACAAAAAGAAGCAACCAUUAUUACUUUUCUCUAGUGUGUAUACUCUAUCCACUCUUGGUAUACGUAAAGGAUUAGAAAAAACAAACAAACAAUAAAGAUGUAGAGUCCUUGUUCAGUUUUGUCAUCCUAACUGUUGUUUAAUAAGCAUUGCUAGACUUCUGUCAAGCCUAAUCCUCCUGCUAUACUAAUUGAUUUAUUUUUUGUUUGUUUUAGGACUCGUUUUCUGGUAAUGACUAUGCUGUACGUCGCUCACCGUAAGUCGUUCCCAGAAACGUUUAAAACCGCAUAUCCCUCUUCCUGCAGAAGAUUUUUUGUUUAGAAAUCUCUAAAGCGUAAAGUAGAACACUACACAAACAUUCCUUUUCAGUUCGAGGGCGGAUUUAACAAAUAAAACCCACUCUCACGUUAUGAACCAAGGACAACCCCUCUAACACCACAAGGUCUUAAUGAGAGGGGACCCCCUUACCAGAAGGUCUCAGAUUACGCUAAACUGGGAGUGUAAGCAAUAGGGACUUUAACAUCCAACUUGACGACAACGUCAAAAAAACAAAAGGUUUGAUAAGGAAAACAACAACUUUGCACGUGCUUAACGCUUUUUAGUACAUUUAUUCCUGUUUUUACACGACUUCGACGUAAAAAUGCCUAAUUUCGCCUUUUAAGAGGACGUAUACGUAAACAAGCAACGACGAAAUUUUAUUUCUCUCUCUGAGCUUGGAUUGGGUCACAUGAAAUUCAGCUUCAGGGGGGUUCGCCUACAUUUGAAAAAGUAAAUGGGUAGGAAUAAUCGCUGUAAAGACUAAAAGAACGAAAAUUCACUUUUUAAGCGAAGUUCUCGUUGCCGUCCCUUUCAUGUCUUAACGCUACCAAAUUUUUAUUACUAUUGAAAUACGUUUAUAGGGACGAUUUGCCCACAAAUGCAAAUAUCCACUUCCGGUUGACGUGAGCCGCUCAAAAACGUCUUUGCUCAAACUAUUCUGAGUGUAUUCUGCAAUUUUAAAUUGAAAUCUGCGAUGCACCUGCAGUUAAUCGCCCAAAGCGUUUUAUAAGUCUUUUUAGGGAGCUAUGUCAUAAAAUUUCGUCAAAUUCAUGCACCUCGAACCACAUAUAAAAAUAAUUAAUCUUAAGUACUUAAUGCAGUUUCAGUUAAAUUAAAGGGUAAGAAAAAAUGCUACAUUAAUAUAGAAGAUAACAAAACAACAAUCGACAGUGGACAUAUUGCGCUAUUUUUUAGUAGACUUAUUAAUUUUAGUUAAACUAUAAAUACAAGAAAAACAAUAGCUCAUUAGGAAGAAAAGUAACAUAUAAAAAUAACAAGGAGUUUAGCACUGAUGGAGUCAGUAGUCUGAGAAAGAAAGCAACUACAAAUACAAAGUGAGACAAAAUGUAAUAUUCACAACGUCCAUAAUACAAGCUUUUCAUAAUUUUAUUUUUUCUAGGUACAAGGUGUCUUGGUUCCAGCAAUUUCGGUCUGUUCUCUGGCGAUCCUGGCUUACAAAUAACCGUGACUCCACAGUCUUCAAAAUGCGAUUUCUUCAGAGUAUAGUAAGUACCCUGCGUUCAUAAACUAUAUUUUGUGAUUGAAAUGAUUAGUCUGAGAAAAACCAGAGCUAGUAGCUUGCAAUUCCCUUUUUGCCUCUUGCAAGUAACUAACUAGACUGAGAUGCAUCCAUUAUGACAGGCAGUCUAUGUUAGCGUGAGAAAACAGCCGAAAUUUCGGGACACCACCACUGGUUUCCCCCAGAAAUUAGGUCUGAGAAAAGAGCGCAGAAAUUCCAUCAUAGCGGAGCUCUCGCGCGCGAAGCGCGCCAGCGGAGCACCAUGGGUAGGAAAAUCAAGAUAUCUACCCAUCCGAGAAAAUUUGGUAAUCACGUGACUGUUCACCGACCGACCGACCGCCCGCCCGACCGUCAGUCUGCACCACAGGCAUACCAAUGUAAAAUAACUCAAUCAACAGGUAUGGCAACCUAAAUGUAACUCGCGGUUACUUUGGCAGGAAAUCGUAUAGCUACCGGCGUCUUGUAAAGCAAAGACAACUGAAGACUCAAUAAAGAGGAAAACGGAAAGCGGAAAUUGUUUCUGUAUCCGUGUUGUCUAAAGUAUUUAGUUUAGAUUAAUUGUCAUGUGCACAAAUUUGGAAUAUAGAGCAGGAGAAAGACCGAGAAAAAGAAAAAGUAGGCGGCAGGCCAGCGAAGCUCAACGAGAAAAAGGGCGACAGAGCUGGAGGUCUAGAGCGAGAGAUAGAAAACAAAUGAGACAUUUUUUUGUUGGAAGAACAACAUGAAAAUUUUCUAGCGGAGGUGACAAAAUGGGAAAUGUUGGCGGCCACCAAUGCAAGGUGAAAAUGAGCGGCAGUAAAAAAAAAUGAACGAGAACGCGUACGACACUUUCUCAAUAAAAGGUGUAACUACGAAGUUUCUGCAAGUUUCACCUUGUAGUCUGGCAAAACAACGGCAAAGAAAUGUUGAAAAAAGUGUGCUGCAGUUGCAAAGUUGCUUUUUUGCUAAUUAGACCUAUUGUUGUUUUUCACCAUUCUCCGGCGUUGCCUUCACCGCUUAACAUUACACGAUUUUACAUUUUGUUUGAACAAACUACAAAGGGUAUCGGGAGCUUCGCUUUUAGCCCUGGCUAAAUCUAUAUAUUAUUGAUGACUUGAGGGUAUCUCAAGAAAGAAAUCCUUUCCUGGUAUAACAAAUGAAUAUUUCGCGUGAAGAGUAGCCGUUCUUCGCUCUCUAUUUGAUUUCUGUAUGCAGUUAUUUAGAGUUGUUUUGCCACAGGGGUAAGGAAUUGGUUUUUUGCUGUUAACAUAAUGCUUUCAAAAAUCUCCCUAAGACGAAUCAAAAAUGAAGCAAAAGUCAGGUGGAUUUUAGAAUCAUUUGGUGUGAUUUGUUAAAAAUUUUACAAGCAACCUUGAGCCGUCAAGUUUGGCGAGGAUUUCACCUUUAUACAUUGAACGUUGUCCAGCGUUGCCCAAAUUGGACUGAAGUACAAAUGUACAUAUGAAAGUGAAUAGAGAUUCCCCUUUUUUUUUGAGACCAGUCUAUCUAAGAGAAGUGUUUGCCUAAGAGAGGUACGGUCAGUGCGGAGAGAGACCAGGCUUCAGUUAAUCCUAAUGAUAUCUCGCUUCAGUUUUCCACGCAUCAUUUCUUAUGUGGCUGGCUGUAACUGUUAAACCAUUUUAAGUUUGCAGGACUUAUGACUGGACUCUUUUUCUUUCAAUCAUGCGAUGGUCAGGAUGGCAUUUAUAACGUCUUUGGUGUAAUGUUCUACCUUAUUACGUCGACUUCAUACAUUCAGGUCUACUCAGUCGUAUUUGUAAGUACAGUCAAACUUGUUUAAUACGGACACCAAAGGGACAGAACCAACUGUCCGUUUUACAGAGGUGUCCGUAUUGUAGAGGUAGGGAAUGUAUGAUUUUUGGCAUUUUUGGAACCAAACGAACUGUUCGUAAUAGAGAGGUGUCCGUAUCAUAGAGGUGUCCGUAAGGAGAGGUUAGACUGUACAGUCUAACCUCGUGGGGAGUUUAUUGUCUUUUAGAAAGACAUGUACUGCAGCUAUACAUGAAGCUAUACCAUUGUCCCUACUUUUUCUUUACACGAGACUAGAUAUGUCACCAAAACAUUUUGACGGUAAGGAGCUCCCUCAGUGAUUUCGUUGUUUGCAAUUUAUACUUUACAAGUAUGUUAGCAUUGUAUUUCGUGUUAGGUAUUUUAAGAUGUGAAAAAGGAUCACUUGGAAUACGUACAUCCCAUAGUAACUUAAAACAAUCUCAAUGAGGUAAUUUAUUCUAGAAUUACCGCGAUAUAGCAUAUCUCUACUUGUUUUUGCUUUUGACCAGACAUUUCCAGAGGAGCGAAGGGUAUUUUUAAGAGAUAACCAUAGCGGGAUGUAUCGAACGGAUAUUUACUUCCUUUGCAAAACCUUUGCUCAGGUAAGCGUCAGAUAUGUUCCAGACACACCACUUAUAUUUGUAAAAUAACUAAAAUAGUACGCGCGCUCUGAUUGGCCGAGAGGCGUGUUUGCAUGAGAGUAUGUGUAAACAUGGUAGUGACGUCAAGAUGUUUUGCUUUUCUCGCGCUAAUCACGUCAUCGCCGCUGGGGACGUUUCGCGAGGAGGAACGCCUGCGACUCAGCGACAGAAAUUCCUUACUGAUGACGCAAAAUCUGUCCGGAAUCCCGGUCAGAAGCGCUAAUUGGUCGACGGAGCAGUUUCGUUGUUCUAGCUAUUGAUUACGAAUGACAGACAAAAGACAAAAGGCGGCAAAGGUCAAAUGUAAACGCGAUGAAUCUCUGACAAAACAGUCAAUAUGUGUGGAAUAAAGUAUUCUCUAGAAGAAGCAUUUAAAUUUUGCUGGAGCUCAUUCGCAGAUGAACGCAACACUUUUCCAAAAUCGACCAGGAGAAACGUAAAAUUGAACAAAUUUGCAUUUGGAACCUCAUGACUACAGGAUUUAUUAUGUAAACAGUGAUUUACGUCAGUAUAGAAUUUCUGUCGCUGAGUCGCAGACGUUUCUCCUCGCGAAACGUCCCUCAACGGUGAUGAGCAAGGAGAAACGUCUGCUGUUCGCAGGCUACACGAAAGCACGAAUUUGAAAAAGUUUUUGGGUUGAAAACUGGACAAGUUUACUUUAUUUACCCAUUCCCUCGUCGGCUGAAAAUCUUUACAAACGUGAUGUGUCAACUUUUUCGCUUAAGCUGACAUUUUAAGCGAGAAAAAUCCGUAUUUUGGAAAGCAGCUUUUUUUGCAAAACAAGAAUUGAUUAUGCGUGCAAGAUUACGUGUACAAGACUUCGCGACUUGUAAGAAUUUCUCUUUUAAUCAGAGCCAUAACAAAGAAUUUUGUUGUUUUUUUCUCGGUAAGGUUAAUUUAUACAAGCAAUAGAAAAUCUUUUUUUUCUGUAUUUACAUAGUCUACAUAGCCUGAUAUAAACACUUGACAGUAGUUAUGCAAACCCUCGACUUCGUCUCGGGUUUGCAUUACUUUCUCGAAUUCUCCCAACCCCCGUCUUGUUUAUAUCAAGCUAUGCAAACACAGAAAACGUUUUCUAUUGCUUAAAAAAUCACUAGAAAUCGUGGAAGUGAGUUUGUCAGUACUUAAAUUGUUCAGCCAAUUUUAAGCGUACAGUUCGAAAAUAUGAACAAUUAACUAAAUUCACACUAUCCUGCCCUGUUGGUAUUUUUAAGAUUUUUUGAAUUAACAUUUAGCAUUUUUGAACCAAACAGGCCAUAAUUUUCGACUCGACACAUUGUUUGUUCUCCCAGAAAUUUUUCUCGUGUGUCCUGCAGGCUGCAUACAUAUAAAUGCAUCUUUAUUUAUCAUAUAAAUUCAGUUCAUAGAGCGUUAUCACUCACGUGACCAGCCUAUACAAAUUUAUCGGAACAAAAGAAAGCAUUUACAUAAGAAAAGAGUUCGACUCCCACGGGAUUGGUUUGGAACACCAACAUGGCCACCGUUUCAUCGUUUUCGAACACCAACUUAUGGCCACCGUUGCGUCAUGCGAAAACCCUCUACAUUGUGUUGCAAGCUACUGUAUAUUGUAAAGAUUUUAAUCCCCAUCUAACAACCUCAUAGGUACCUCAAUUUGUUUUUGGCCCUCUUUUGAUGAUUGCUAUUGGAUACUGGAUGGCAGGUAGGUUGAUACAGAAUCCCUUCAUUAUGUUUUACACACUCAUUGUCCCGGCUGUUUUUAACUUGCUGUAAGUUAUUGUUGUUAGUUUGUUUGUAUUUUCUUUAAGAGCUGAGCAGCUGGUUUUUAUUAAUCACCACCUUCAGAAAGUAAAUAAUACAUAGAUUUAGCCAGGGCUAAAAGCGAAGCUCCAAUUAAUAAAUUUAUAAUUUUAAUCAAAAAAUAAACUUGUAAUCCACAAAUCGGUUAACUUAAGGGCACAUUCAUGUGACUUUUUAGGGAAAGGCCAAGUUACCUUAGAGUGAAACAUCUUACAUCGAAUUGAUAACCUUAUAUGUACACCCAAAAUAUAGCAAACAUCUUCGAUCACAUUCAAGAUCACAGUAGAUUAGGCCGCGAAAACAAAUUCUUGGAAAACAAAUCAUGCCGAAUUUUUUUGCGUUCGACAGGUUUACUUUGCAAAUUCUUGCCAACAAAUCUGGGGGUGUUUAAACCAACCUUUUAUAAUUUUUAUACAUCACAUUUGAGGUGAAACAGUACUAUUUAUCAUACAGACCUCGGACAGAAUGCAGUAUUUCACAAUUUUUCAAGACAAAUUGCACUCAGUCAAUAUUCAGGACGAUCAAUUGUAAAGGGAAACCGUUCAAAAAUUUCCAAAAUCACCCAUAUGGCCAGCCGGUUCUCGUUUCUAUAGUGCGAGCUGUCAGUGUGGUCGAGUAUUUGAAUGAACUUUAAUAUAGUUAAGCUUCGACAUAAUAGCGAAUUUAUUUAUUUAUUUUCUUUUGUUAUUUAAUGGUUUCAGUUAUAACGAUGUGUAAUCUUAUAAAGCAUUUGAUACGCGCGACAUUUUUGAGUACUCCUGCAAGCGAUGUUCAUGAACGAUGAAAACAAACGGCACAGACAAGCGAUUAAAAUUGCAAGAGAGACUACUAACAAUCAAAAAAAUAUAUAUAAUUCGGUGAAACAUUUACAGAGAUAACAAUUUUCAUUCAUGAAGACAAGUAUUAAAGUGUCUCUAACAAUCCUGAGUCUCGGCGUGAAGCUUUAUAAGCCGGCUUCCCGGCGCGGGUGUUUACUGUUUUCCAAGGUGAACUCCUCGAAGCAAAGAAAAUCGCUCAAAGUUUUCUUUCUACAGCCAAAUUUUUAACUAAAUAGUCUUCGGAACGUUUUCUUUCUAUCUGUGGUGAGCAAAUAUAUCUGAAGGCUUUUUAAAGUUCUGUAAGCUUAUAUCAAACUGUUCAAACCUGAUACUCGGUCAGAUCAUUGACUCAAACUACAGCUACAAACGUGCAUAAACUUGCCGCAUAAACUGUCAGCGUGAACUGUGCAAGACUUCAUGAAAUUAGAUAUAACAAAAACAAACAUCAAAUACAAUAGUUACUCAGGCUUACCAUUUGAGAUUCAGUUCCUGAAAGCUAUCAAGGAAGGCCACAGUUGCUUGAGACUUUUAAACCCUCUUACGCAUUAAGCAAGGUGAAAAACGAAAACGAUGCCAUCCGAAAUCGAAUUACCAAAUUUUGACAAGCGACGCGUUUCUCAACCAAAAACCCAGUAAACAAACCAGCCAUGAAUAACAGAAGACUCUUGAUAGCAGCUGUAUUUCAUUUUGUACAUCCAGAAGAAAAAAGAGAGUUAAAAACAUCACAAGUUGACACAAAACUCUUCAGCUUCAGCUGUCAAAGUAAACAAUUUUCAAGAUGCUGCAUAAUUUUUUCGCAUGAACUCACCUGUCAAAUUUUUACCAAUCAGAGUAUAAAAAUUGGACGUAGAGCGUGACCAACGCGUGACCAUGGUAAGAUAAGGUCUUCCUCGCCUGUACUUUUAAAAAACUGGCUGAAUUUCUGCUUCCGAAGUCAGUUUGAAAUCAAAAUCCUAAUAGUACGGGGCCAUAGUGACAUAAACACAACAUAUUUGAUAUGAAUCCUUGGAAAAAAUAAACUUGAGCCUGCGAUCAUUUCAAACUGGUAAUUUGUCCGCGGAUAACUUCAAAAAAAUACUCGACCUCGAUGGGUCAACACUUGAGCCCGUGUUACGGUCAGAUGAUACUGGUCAGCGGAUGCCCUGUUUGGUUAGCUGUCAAUUGAUCACAACAUUGAUGUGCAAUUAGUUUUCUCUUGGGCUCCCAAACUAGCUAAAAGUGUGAGAGUAAACAUUGGGUGUCCUGUGGUGCGGACGGACGGUCGGUCGGCGGUCGGCGGUCGGUGUACGGUCACGUGAUUACCAAAUUUUCUGGGAUGGGUAGAUUUACUAAGCUAUGUUUCGCGCGCGCGUGGAGCUCCGCUAGUAAAUUGAUUUCAACCAUUAUUCUAUUUGACAUCUUUUAAGAUUGUUAAGUUCAUACAUUUUUUAAUUCGAAAUUUGCAAUGUGUAGGUUUGAGGCCCGAUCCUAUAAGGUUCCUCUUCGCUUACGGAAUACUUGUCUUGGUCAGUCUGGCCUCUGUUUCUUACAGUAAGUAUAUUUUACGCUUAUGGUCUUGAGGGAAACACAGUAUUAUGUGUAGGAACAUUGCUGCUUUCUUUAUAUAAUGUUCGCGUGCGUAGCGGGCGCUUGGGAGUAACGAGCGCAAGAGAGAACGAAGCACCCCAUUAAUUCUUUCUUGCGCCCAUUACUUCCAAGCGCCUGCCACGCAGGCUAAUGAAAUGUUAAAGCUAUGGACAUUUCAUGCGGCUGAAAAAAGCGUUUACUAGCUCAGGUUGACCAAAUUUUUUACUUCAUAUUGGUUACAGCAAAGUGUCCUGGAGUUCGCUAAUUCGGACCUAUACCUUUCACACUGUCGUACUUAGGGCUCAACCAAAUUUCUCUACCAACAAAAAAAGUUCAGUUAAAGUAAAGUUAGUAUAUACUAGGAAAUGACAAUCAGUGUUGGGCAACUGGAAAAAAGGAAUAAGUUUACGCUAAGUAAGUUCAUUUAAAAAAAGCAGCGCCCAUAAUGAAAAUAAUCUUAACAAAACAUUUUUUUAGACAUUUCUGCUGGAGCUUUCUCCAGUAAAGACAUUACAUAUCAAUAUUUAUACGUCGUGAAUGUAAUAACUGGAUGCAUGGAAGAGGCCAAUAUAACAAGUUUACUCGGUUAAUCGCAGUCGGCCCUUUCCAGUUGGUAAGUCACAAGGUACCAAACCGCCAGACUGGCAGGCAAGAAACGUAUUGGGGUAAGGAAAAUAUAGAGUCCACAUAAUUUAUAAUGGUGAUUUUCAAGUAUCCAAAGCAUGGUGCUUUUGUACAGUGCGACUAACCACCGCUGUGAAGGCCCUAAAAAUGACUGCGAAGCUAUCUGUUAUCUUUUUUAGCAUACGUCAUCUCGGCUUUCGCGCCAACCUCGUCAGCAUCUAUUGCUAUCAUCGAGCCCAUGGUUCUACCAUUCUUACUUCUGGGAGGGUUCUUCAAGGACAACACGUGAGUUUAUCUCUUUAACGUCCUGUUAAUUUGAGGUAACAGAGGAUAAAUACCUGCAAAUUUUGACGUGACUUUCGUCGCUCUUUUCCACAGCUAGUUUUCCUGCAAGCUUUUUGAUUGAUUUACAGUACUUUUAAGUACAUGAUGCAAAACAAUUUCACCCGUAAUAGUUACUUGUAACUGGUAAAAUCAUCUUAUGUAACAAUCGGUUAGGGUCAAGUAUUUUUUUCAUAUGUAACAGUUGGCAAUUGUAUAUGCAGAACUUUACCAUGGUGGUUAAGGGUUGUGCAAUUUCUUUCCUGGUGGAACUACGGAUUUGAGGCAAUGGCUAUCAAUCAGUGGGACAAUUAUGGAAACAUAAGUAGGUUAUUCAUUCAUUCAUUCAUUCAUUCAUUCAUCUGCAUUUAUUUAUCUAUUGCUUGUUUAUUUAUUGAUUUAUUUAUGUACUUUAAAGAACAUCCUAACUUGCUGCGAGUAUCGAUUCCCUUUUUCUAUUUCGCCACUACCAAAACACCAGUAGAAAUUUUCCUUCUACAGAAUGAUUCGUGUCGUUAUGUCCCAGCUCAUGUUUUUCGACCAAGGGCGAAAAAGUUUUCUGCGUUAUCAAUACAUGAGCUGCGCCUAGCCACCUAUACACUGAUUGUGAUUCUAGAACUGGUACUAUAGGGUUAUGCCCAAACACUCCACUGAUCCGUUCGAUCAGUGUUAUGUUACAAAAUUAAUUUUCGAGUAUUUUGCCUCGACAUGAUUUUCUAUGAGAAAAUAAACUCUUCUUGUCCUUUACCCAGUUAAAAGUUACCAAUAUUGCUGGUAAUUAGUAUAGACUAAUUAAUGCUACCAAAAUAAGUAACACUAAGAGAUAAGAGUAGUUUGCAGCGUACAGAAGGCCAUAAUGGCCGUUUUUACACAAGAGACGGACUAUACAUUUCUCUAAGACGUACAAUCCGUCUUUAAUAUUAAAACCAAAAUUAUCAGUCUGACGGGAAUUAUCCACUUGAUCCGCCACCCCUCUGAGAUGAAUCAUGCGUCUCUAGUGCGAAAACGGCUAAUGCCUGCUAUCGUACUUUUCUCAUACCUCAGUUUAACGUUUUUGUUCUUGUUAUGCAGCAUGCAGUUUUAAAGGCAAAGCAUCACACCUGCCGUGUAUUGGCAAUGGGGAAGAGGCUAUCGAGUCCCGCGGCCUGGAUAAGGUAAAUAUCGAUAAAGUAUAAAUAAUCCAUGGAGUAGUCCACAUGCCUUUAUUACCACCUGAGGUGGAAAAUGGCUUGAAGAGUUCGUUUCGCUAAAAUUUGUGAUACUUUGAAUGAAAGCAAUUAGAAAUCAACCACGAAUUACUUACUAACGGGCUGGUCUUAUUCUCAGUUGCUAUAGUAUAAUUAUAUGAAAAAUGUUUAUAAAUGUCUUUAAACGAAGAUUUGGAGGAAAUUAUCCUCUAAACUUGAAAAGGUGGAGCAGAGGUUAUCACGUUCAAGUGUGUCGCUCAAAAAACCCUUUCAGUGUCGGAGGCGAUUAAACACACGUUUUGAUGAACACAACUAAUUUAAUACAUAAUCAAGAUGGCAGCUUCCAGGAGCACCCAACGAGAAUAUAGGUCAAAACCACUUAAACAUGGUAUUGUUAAAAGUGUUUUAGUAUUUAAACGGUAGAUAUAGGCACAUUUUUAUCCCACCAAAAAUUUUAAAUCUGUUCGGAUUACCUAGCUGAAAGUUUAGUGAUCCGAAAAUUAUAGAGAUCAAAACUUACCUUUUCGAAAAUUUCAGCCAGAAGAAAGGCUCCCGAAAAUUCUAGGUGACCUUUUUAGGGUAAAAAUCCGUUUAAAAUGGGCAGUUAUACGAUUUUUUAGAUGUUCGAAAAUCCUAGGAGAGGCAGGCAAGCAAGAAAUUUUACAACAAAUGUUCCGAAAAUUCUAGAUCUCAAAUCGUCUUCCGAACAGAUAUUUUUCGAAAAUUGACGUUGGGUGCCCCUGAGCUUCUACAGCAACUGAUACCAAGCACAUGGUUAUGUCCAAAUAUAGGCAUACCAUAUAAGGUUAUAAGAUACAACCCUCUUUUACGAGAACAGUGGCUGCCAAAGCAAUGUUUGAUGGGGAAUAAAAAAAAUGCUUCAAUGGAAAGAUGGAUGACUCAGCAGUUUGACAGGGGAGAGGUUUUGAGGGUGUGAAAAGGAAUGACUUAAAAGUGGGUAUGUUCCUAUUUGUCCGGAACUUGAAAAGGUGGAGCAGAAGUUGUCGAGUUUAACUAUGUCGCUCAAAAGACCUCGGCGAUAAUGAAUUGUGCCACUUUUUAUUUUUGUUCGACAGGAUCAUCUACUGAUUGACAUCUGUGGUCUGUUGUCUUUGAUUAUUGCCUUCCGAAUAAUAGCAUUCCUUAUUUUGUUGAGGAGCACUUACAGAAAACAGUAAAGCAGUAAAAGAAAUCUCCUCUACUUCAGCUCGGACUGGCAACGAGAAAAGCCACUUCACGCGCGACUGAACCGCUGCUUCAUAGCACUUUUUACAAUUGUUUACCGCAAAGUAAGAACAUUGCAGAGCAACACAUCAAGAAUAAAAUCUGAACUCUAAGUGACUAUUGAUAUUUUCACCAUAAUAGGCCAUUUUACAGUUAUGUAUGGAAGCGAGGCUGGAGUUGACCUUGUUUUGAUACAACCUUCAUUCUUCAUUAUGUAAAUCAAGUUAUUCUUAUGCUAACUCGUAUUCGCAAGGACAAUUUCCAUAACAAAGCAAAGGAGGUUUGUAUCAAAACAAGAUUAACUUCAGCCUCACAUUCAUGACACAAGAAGGCUAGGGUACUAAGUCCACAACUGCAA